AUGGAGGAGAGAAUCUUAAAGGUAAAGUCUUUCUUUAAGGGCGCAUAGAUGCUAGAUAUCCAGUAAAAAGUGUCUUGGUAGAAAGAGAUCUUAUAUAUAGAAAAUUUUAAGUUGAUAAUAUUUAUUCAAAUGAUAGAGGCUCUAAAAUAAUUAGGAAUCCGAAAAGAGGUUUGCUAUCUUUCACUUAAAAUGAUAGCAAUAAGAUUAUAACAGAGUCUUCUCCUUAUAUGGAUCUUUAUAACUAUACGGAAAAGACUGGAAUCACAAAUUAAAUGCAAUAACCAAAUUAAUUUAAAGAAGUUUCUGUAAGAAUUAUGA